GGAGGCUGAGAGGGAGUGACCCCCGGCCCCUCGCCCCGGGCUGGGACAGCUGAGGGGGGGCGCAACAUGGCGGAGGCCAAGGAGGAGGGGCCCGGCCCCCGCGGCAGGUUUGAAGAUAAAUCUGAUGCGGUAUUUGAUAUUACAGAAAAAUGUGGUGAAAUUCUGGAUGCAGAGAUGUCUGAGGACGCUGAGCACAACUUAGCACCUGCCCUGGACAGCUUGUCUUACGGAGCACCCAACCGAGCAGGAGCUGAGAAUUCACUGCAGGGUGAUGAUCAUGAUUAUUUUCUGAACUCUGGGGAUCUUGCAGGCAUACCUGUUGUUGGGAGUGACAACGAAGAUGAGCAGAAUUUCACUCCAAAAGACACUCUUUCUUCAGCAAUUCAUGAUGAAGAUCAUCUGCAAGAGGGCAAGAGAGUUCCAGAUCAUGAACUGGACAGUGAAAAAGAAAUUCAGGUUCAGAAUGCAAUCCAGAAGGAUCUCACUUCCCCCUUUGAGCAGGGCCCUGUAUUUAAAUCACUUCGAAAAGAUUUUAGCAGAACACGAGAUAAUGGCAAAGAGACUUUUUCAGCCAAGGACAAGAAUAGAGAAGGACAUUUUCAAGAACGUGAAAAACGAUUGGAAAAAAUCCCUAAAGAUAUGGAUUCUAGAUUGAAAAGCAGUUUUCUUGACAAAGCAGUUCAUAAUCAAGUAGAAGAAACAUUACGGACGCAGUUAGCGCCACAAACUCCAGAAACUAACUUCAGGGAGUCUAGCUACCUAUUUUCUAGUAAGGAAUCUAUUGGACAAGAGCUGGGGAAUUCCUUUGCACCAAAUAUUAGAAUUAAGAAGGAGCCUUUGGAUGACGAAUAUGCUAAAGCUAUGGCCCCACAGCAGGGACUAUUAGACAAAAUUAAAGAUGAACCUGGUAAUUCUGAGGAGUACGGCCAACAGCCAAAAUCUCAGGAAGGGGAGCUGAAAAUCAGUGCUGUAUUUUCAGUCAGUGGCAAUCCUCUUGUUCCACAGCUGUCAUCAGGUUUCCAGCCUGCUGUGGCAUCCUCUGGCAUGAGUAAAAUGCUCCCCUCAGUUCCAAGCACAGCUGUUCGGGUUUCCUGUUCUGGCUGUAAAAAAAUCCUGCAGAAGGGACAAACUGCCUACCAGAGGAAAGGUUCAACCCAGCUCUUCUGCUCCACACUGUGCCUCACUGGAUACACCAUUCCAGCUUCUCGCCCACCAGCUUCUACCAAGAAAACCUGCUCAAGCUGCUCAAAAGAAAUUCUAAAUCCAAAGGAUGUAAUCACUGCCCAGUUUGACAACACAGACUUCAGUAAAGAUUUCUGCAGCCAGUCUUGUCUGUCCACAUAUGAACUGAAAAGGAAACCCAUUGUCACUAUCCACACCAACAGCAUUUCCAGCAAGUGCAGCAUGUGCCAGAAGAACGCAGUGAUCAGGCAUGAGGUGAAUUACCAGAACGUGGUGCACAAGCUCUGCAGCGACGCCUGCUUCUCCCAAUUCCGCUCGGCCAACAACCUGACCAUGAACUGCUGUGAAUAUUGUGGGGGCUACUGCUACAGUGGCUCUGGCCAGUGUCACAUCCUGCAGAUAGAGGGACAGUCCAAAAAAUUCUGCAGUUCCAUAUGUGUGACAGGUUACAAGCAGAAGUCAGCUAAAAUUACACCCUGCACACUGUGUAAAUCUCUGAGAUCUUCAGCUGAGAUGGUGGAGGGCACAAAUAACUUGGGGAAGAUGGAACUGUUUUGUUCUGUUAACUGUUUGUCAGCAUACAGAGUAAAAUUGGUCACUUCUUCAGGUGUUCAAGUUCAAUGCAACAGCUGUAAAACCUCAGCAAACCCUCAGUAUCACUUGGCUAUGUCAGAUGGGAGCAUACGAAAUUUUUGCAGCUACAAUUGUGUAGUAGCUUUUCAGAAUCUGUUCAACAAGCCUACAGGGCUGAACUCCUCAGUGGUGCCCCUGUCUCAGGGCCAGGUCAUUGUGAGCAUCCCCUCGGGGACAGUGUCAGCCACUGGCACCACCUCAACUGUGUCCCCCAGCUCCACCAGCAGCCCAGCAGCAGCAGGGCUCCAGAGAUUGGCUGCCCAGUGCCAGCAGGUCACCUUUACUCGUUCUGUUGUGAAAAUCAAGUGUCACCACUGUAACAGAUCAUUUGCCACCAAACCAGAACUGCUUGACUACAAGGGUAAAAUGUUCCAGUUCUGUGGGAAGACCUGCUGUGAUGAAUAUAAGAAGAAGGGCAAUAUGAUGGCUUUGUGUGAAUACUGCAGGUUUGAGAAAAUUAUCAAGGAGACAGUGAGAGUCUCAGGCAUAGAUAAAACAUUCUGUAGUGAAGUCUGUAAACUGCUCUAUAAACACGACUUGUCCAAGCGCUGGGGAAACCACUGUAAAAUGUGCAGUUACUGUUUACAAACCUCCCCCAAACUGGUCCAGAAUCACUUUGGGGGGAAAACAGAGGAGUUUUGCUCAGAGGAGUGCAUGUCCAAAUUCACUGUUUUGUUUUACCAGAUGGCAAAGUGUGAUGGUUGUAAGAGACAAGGUAAACUCAACGAGUCCAUAAAGUGGCAAGGGGAGAUGAAGCAUUUUUGCAAUCUGCUUUGUAUUCUGCUGUUCUGUAAACAGCAAAGUGCUCCUGACCCUCCACUCCCAAACAACACAGCAAACCUUUCCAUGGCACCAGCCUCCUCCUCAGGCCCUCCUUCUUUAAGAAAGGACUCAACCCCUGUCAUAGCAAACGUGGUGUCCCUUGCAAGCACCCCAGCUGCCCAGCCUACUGUUAACUCCAACAAUGUUUUACAGGGUGCAGUCCCUACUGUGACAGCAAAAACAAUAGGAGAUGCAAGUACCCAGACAGAUGCCCUAAAGCUCCCAUCAUCAAAACCACCCAGGCUUCUGAAAAACAAAGCUUUAUUGUGUAAGCCAAUCACCCAGACUAAGGCCACCUCCUGCAAACCUCACACACAAAACAAAGAAUGCCAGACAGAAGGAGAAGAAGCACCUGCCCAACCCCAGAUCAUUGUGGUCCCUGUUCCUGUACCAGUGUUUGUGCCAGUGCCCCUCCACCUCUACACCCAGUACACACCAGUUCCCCUGGGAAUGCCAAUACCUGUACCAGUUCCCAUGCUCAUCCCAACCACCCCGGACAAUGCUGAUAAGAUCAUUGAAAACAUUCAGGAAAACAAGGAAAAGGUUUCCAUUAAUCCAUUUGAAGCUGAUCUCCUUCAGAUGGCAGAAAUGAUUGCAGAAGAUGCAGAGAGAGAUAAAACACACUCUCAUGGUGGAUCUCAAACAUCUGAGCACGAGCUCUUCCUGGACCCCAAGAUAUUUGAGAAAGACCAGGGCAGCACAUACAGUGGAGAUCUGGAAUCAGAGGCAGUGUCCACUCCUCACAGCUGGGAGGAGGAAUUGAAUCACUACACCUUAAGAUCCAAUGCCCUGCCAGAGCCUGAUCCAGAGCUCAAGCCAUUCUCCAAAGGUGAUGUGGAACAGGAUCUGGAGGCAGAUUUCCCAUCAGACUCAUUUGACCCUCUCAGUAAAGGACCGGGUUUGCAUUCACGUUCACGAGCGAGACGGAGACACAGGGAUGGCUUCCCCCAGCCAAAAAGAAGGGGACGGAAGAAGUCGGUGGUUGCUGUGGAGCCCCGGGGUUUGAUGCAGGGCUCCUACCCUGGCUGCUCUGUUUCUGGGAUGACCCUCAAAUACAUGUAUGGGGUAAAUGCCUGGAAAAACUGGGUCCAAUGGAAAAAUGCACAGGAGGAACAAGGGGACCUGAAGUUUUCAGUUCAUCCUGUGAAGCUCAAGGAGGACAUUCUCUCCUGCACAUUUGCUGAGCUGAGUUUUGGGUUGUGCCAGUUUAUUCAAGAGGUGCGGAGACCAAACGGAGAAAAAUACGACCCUGACAGCAUCUUAUACUUGUGCCUUGGAAUUCAGCAGUACCUGUUUGAGAAUGGUAGAAUAGAUAACAUUUUCACCGAGCCCUAUUCCAGGUUUAUGAUUGAACUUACAAAACUUCUGAAAAUCUGGGAACCUACAAUUCUUCCAAAUGGUUAUAUGUUCUCAAGAAUUGAAGAGGAACACUUGUGGGAGUGUAAGCAGCUGGGUGCAUAUUCCCCCAUCGUUUUGUUGAACACUCUUCUGUUCUUCAACACCAAAUAUUUCCAACUAAAGAAUGUCAGUGAGCACCUGAAACUGUCCUUUGCCCACGUUAUGAGGCGCACCCGAACUCUGAAGUAUAAUACUAAGAUGACAUAUUUACGUUUUUUCCCACCCUUUCAAAAACAAGAGGUAGAAUCAGAUAAAUUAUCAGUAGGCAAGAGGAAACGCAGUGAAGAUGAGGAGGUUCCCACAGCAGUGGAAAUGGCUGAAAACACAGAUAAUCCCCUCCGGUGCCCAGUCCGACUUUAUGAAUUCUACUUAUCAAAAUGUUCUGAAAGUGUGAAGCAGAGGAGUGAUGUGUUCUACCUGCAGCCCGAGCGCUCCUGUGUUCCCAACAGCCCCAUUUGGUAUUCCACAUUGCCAAUAGACCCAGGAACCUUGGACAUCAUGUUAACAAGGAUUCUAAUGGUGAGGGAGGUACACGAAGAACUUGCCAAAGUCAAAUCAGAGGACUCUGAUAUUGAGUUAUCAGACUAACUGCAGUGGGGUAUUUUCCUUUGAAUACACAUCAGAAGCACCAAAAUGUGAAUACGUCCAGCCUUUGGAAAAUGUGUAUCAAAUAAGCCAAGAUAACAUCACCUACAGGCAGAUUUUGUACCACAGUGGAUGUACAAACUGGAACUGGAAGGAAGCAAAGGAAGCAAGCUGUGUAAGCUGCAAAUCCCAACGUCCUGCAGCACUGAUCAAUGCUCAGAACAAAUCCAAGUGGAACUCACCCAUUGGAUUGGUGCAUAAAUCCUUUAUCUGUUUAGGAUUUUGAAAAGUUGUGAGAUCUUUCUAAGGAAAAAAAAAUGGUUGUGUAAAAUCUACCCUCACACUGGUGGGUAUGGAGAGCUAGAUUGUGGCUCAGGUGACUUCCCAGCCUGCUGGCUGGCAGCCCUUGCUGCCAAGGAACACGUGGAGAUCCUUGAGCUCUUCCAGAGGAUCCGAGAGAAAGGGGUGAGGUUGAGACAAACAGACACCUUCCGUUAUAAAUACACCCACACCUACACUUUUAUAAUUUUUUUUUUUUGAAAACUGGGAUCAAAUGUUAGGAAGGCAGGAGCCACUGGCCAUCCCAAGGGACAACUCUGGCUGCUCUUAACUGGUCACACGAGGCUGGACUCCAGCUCCAGGCUCACACCAACUCCAGCUGUGUUGGAAGAGGUGCUGCAGGUCAAACUUCUGAGUGACCUUUGGGGGAUGUCCAGGAGGGAUGUCCUGGGCUCUGUGCAGAAUUCCUUUCCCAGCCCAGUAGCUCUGCAGUCUGUCCAUAUAACCCAGUGAAUACUGUGGUGCGUGGAAAGUUCAUUUCCCUUAAGGCAGCUUUCCUUUCUCCUCUUUCCCUACUCCUAUGGUUUUGAUUCUUUUGUAAGGCAAAUCUAGAGAGGGCUUUGUCAUUUCAAACAGGAAUACACACACUCUCUUUCUCUUUCCACCUUUGCAACACGGGCAGUGUUGUACAAAGGAUGCAGUAUUACUUCUGACUACAGAACUGUGGUAGAAAAUGACCAUGUGUGUUUUUAUCCCGCCCCACCCAAAGAGAUUUAGUCAUAGUGUUGGAAAUUGAAAGAGAUUUUUUUUUUAAGGCUUGGCUGUUACUGAGUCUUUUGGAAGAGUAAAGCUCCCAUGUGGUGUUUAGAGGACAGGACAUUAUCAGAUACUGUCUGUAUCUCUGUUUUCUCAAGCUCUAGGUGUGUGUUUCUGCUGACCAGUGGUCACAAAUUCACUGGAAACCCAAGCUAUUUUUGAAGAGGAGAAUUAUAUGGUUUUUAUCUAGCUCUGGUCAGUUAUCCAUCUUCUGUAACAAGGGUCUGAUAUUUGAGCUUGUCACUAAAAUUUCAAGAGAUGAAAAUCAACAGCCUUGAAAAAUAUUUCAGGUUUUUUGUUUUGUUUUGGUUGGUUGUUUUUUUUUAUUAUUAUUAUUUUUUUAGCAGUUACAAAAGUAAUUUAACAAAAAUAAAAUCAGAAAGUAGUCUAUUGACGUUGUGUACUCGGUAGUCCUGUCCCUGCCUGUAACAGAUUUCACUGAUGUAUUUUUUAAUACAGAAAAUUAUGUGAAAAGUAAAACCUGCCCCUGAUUCUGUCUGACCAAA